AUGGGAGUGGACAAAAACGAGAAUGAAGAAACUGUAGAAACUACAAAACCCGAAGAAGAACGGAACAACAACCAUAUUAAAGAAACAAAUAAACCAAUAGAAACUAAUAAAUACAACGAAAUAAAUGAACAAAAGCAGACACAAAACGGUCAAAAAAUAAUUGAACCGAACAGGGAAGAGAUGGCGCAUUACGUGCAGAAUCUUAUGAAUUCUGGUUUAUCCCUUCACAGUAAUAUUAUAAAGGACGAAAUGCUUUUGCCGGAUUCUAAGACAGUGGCCAGAUUUUCGCCAAUAUGGAAACAGACUUUAGCAUCGAUGGCAGCCAUUUGUCUGACCUUUACCGCUGGUCUUACGUCUGGAUAUUCAGCCAUUCUUCUACCUCAACUUAAGGCUUCCGAUAGCAGUAUUCCUACAGAUGAGAGCACAGCUUCAUGGAUAGCGGCAAUGGCAGCACUGCCUAUGGCUCCAGGCUGUCUCAUAGCUGGUUGGCUGAUGGAGAAGUUUGGAAGACGUAACGCACACUACAUGGUCUGCGCUCCAUUCCUGCUUGGCUGGAUCCUCAUCGCGUCAGCCAAUAAUCUUGCCCUUAUGUUAUUAGGUAGAUUCUUUACAGGCCUAUGUGUAGGUCUCUUAGGACCGUUAGGCCCAGUGUUCAUCAGUGAGACUACAGACCCUAAACAUAGAGGAAUAUUCCUUGCGGGGAUAUCAUUAGCUAUAGCUGUAGGUAUUCUAGUUGCCCAUUUGAUAGGAACAUACGUCCAUUGGCAAUGGACCGCUAUAAUCUGCUGUGUCUUUCCCAUAAUAUCAGUAGUUCUUCUGAGCAUGGUGCCCGAAAGUCCCACUUGGCUUAUAUCUAAAGGGGAAAUAGAAGAGGGCGUCAAAGCUUUCGGAUGGCUCAGAGGCUAUAGUGAUGAAGCAAAGGCUGAAUUGAAAGCUAUUCUUGAAAAGAAGAAGGUAGAAGAUUCCAAACCAGUUAUGACACUUAAACAGAAGCUCAUCAGCUUGAAGAGCCCAGAGUUGAUUAAACCUUUGAUGAUAAUGAUAAUUUUCUUCGUGACCUGCCAGUUCUCUGGGGUCAACGCUGUAGCGUUUUAUUCUAUAGAGAUAAUAGAGAAAGCUGUUGGUAAAGGAUUAGAUCAUUACCUAGCUAUGCUUGUAAUAGACACUACGAGGACUAUUAUGUCUGUGGUAGCUUGUGUUAUUUGUAAAAAAUAUGGUCGACGACCAUUAUGCAUGGUCAGUGGUGUAUUCACUGCUAUUUCAAUGGUGGGACUAGCUAUGUUCCUUUACUUCACAGAUGGCAAGCAAACAAAUAUGACCUGGAUUCCACUCACUUGCCUUAUGACAUAUAUUUGUGCCAUAUCCGUCGGUCUUGUUCCGCUACCUUGGAUGAUGUGUGGAGAAUUAUUCCCUUCCAAAACAAGGGGUUUAGGAUCAGGGAUCAGUUCAGCAACCACAUUCGUUUCCUUCUUUAUAGUGGUGAAAACAGCACCCGGUAUGAUGACGAAUUUAGGAGAGGUAGUUACAUUUCUCUCAUAUGGAUUAAUUGCGCUGUUAGGUACUGGUGUGUUAUACUUUAUCUUGCCAGAAACGAAAGGAAAAAGUCUUCAAGAAAUAGAAGAUAAGUUCAAAAAGCCAAAAGAAAGUAUAGCCUAA